CGCCAACUCCACCCCGAACUCUUUUUCUUUCCUCCAUUACUCUACUCUCUUUUCCAUCCACCCCCACACUCCUUGCCACCAUGGCAUACCCACGCGCAAGCAUCAGGCCGCGCGCACACAAGCGCAAGGCCGCCUCAUCAUCCCUCAUGUCUAAAAUCACCCUCUGCGCUAUGGUUCUCCUCGCCGUCAUCUGCUUCCUUCCCGCCGGCAACAUGGUCCGCGCACAAGAGAAGCCCGAGAUCAAGGGACACGUCAUUGGCAUCGACCUCGGAACUACCUACUCGUGUGUUGCUGUUCAGAAGAACGGCCGUGUUGAGAUCAUCGCCAACUCCUUGGGAAACCGUAUCACGCCAUCUUGGGUUGCGUUUACCGACGAGGAGCGUCUUAUCGGUGAGGCCGCCAAGAACCAGGCGCCACAAAACCCGGAGAACACAAUCUUCGAUGCCAAGCGUAUGGUCGGUCGCGAGUUCAAGGACAAGGACGUCCAGCGUGACGUAAAGCACUGGCCGUUCAAGGUUGUGAACAAGGGCGGUAAGCCCAUGGUCCAGGUCGACAACAAGGGCACCCUCAAGGACUUCACCCCCGAAGAGAUCUCGGCCAUGAUCCUUACUCGCAUGAAGGAGACCGCGGAGGCGUACCUCGGCGAGAAGGUCACCCACGCCGUUGUCACCGUUCCAGCCUACUUCGACGACGCCCAGCGCCGCGCCACCAAGGACGCCGCCGCGAUCGCUGGCCUCGAGGUCCUCCGUCUUGUCAACGAGCCCACCGCCGCCGCCAUCGCCUACGGUCUUGACCGCUCCGGCAAGUCUGAGUCACAGAUCAUCGUCUACGAUCUUGGUGGUGGUACCUUCGACGUCUCCCUUCUUUCGAUCGAGGACGGUGUCUUCGAAGUCCUCGCCACUGCCGGUGACACACACCUUGGUGGUGAGGACUUUGACAACCGCGUCAUCGAAUACUUUGUCAAGGAGUACAAGCGCAAGAACGACGUCGACCUUUCUAAGAACAAGAAGGCUAUGGGCAAGCUCCGCCGCGAGGUUGAGAAGGCCAAGCGCACUCUCUCCAGCCAGAUGUCGACCAAGAUCGAGAUCGAGUCCAUCGAGGGCGGCAACGACUUCUCCGAGACGCUCACGCGCGCCAAGUUUGAGGAGCUCAACAUGGAUCUUUUCCGCAGGACGAUGAAGCCUGUCGAGCAGGUUCUCAAGGACGCUGGCGUUAAGAAGGAGGACGUUGACGAUGUCGUCCUCGUUGGUGGCUCAACCCGUAUCCCCAAGGUCCAGCAGCUUCUCAAGGACUACUUCAACGGCAAGGAGCCCUCGAAGGGCAUCAACCCCGACGAGGCCGUCGCCUACGGCGCCGCUGUCCAGGGUGCUAUCAUGUCGGGCGCCGACGGUGCCAGCGACCUCCUCCUCAUCGACGUCUGCCCCCUCACUCUCGGUAUUGAGACUACUGGCGGUGUCAUGACCAAGCUCAUCGGCCGUAACUCGGUUGUUCCUACCAAGAAGUCGCAGAUCUUCUCGACUGCGGUCGACAACCAGCCCACCGUCCGCAUCCAGGUGUACGAGGGCGAGCGCUCGAUGACCAAGGACAACAACCUCCUCGGCGAGUUUGACCUGACCAAGAUUCCCCCCGCGCCCCGUGGUGUUCCUCAGAUUGAGGUCACCUUUGAGAUCGACGCCAACGGUAUCCUCAAGGUCUCGGCCGCCGACAAGGGCACGGGCAACGCCCAGUCCAUCACCAUUACCAACGACAAGCGCCGUCUCUCUCCAGAGGACAUUGAGCGCAUGGUCGCCGAGGCGGAGGAGUACGCCGACGAGGACGCCGCUUUCAAGAAGCGCAUCGAGGCCAAGAACGCUCUCGAGAACUUUGUCUACACCCUCCGUGGCCAGAUCAAGGACAAGGAGGGUCUUGGUGGCAAGCUCGACAAGUCGGACAAGGAGGAGCUUGAGACCGCCAUCAAGGAGAAGGAGGACUGGAUCAGCGAGCACCAGGACGCUGAGGCUGAGGACUUUGAGGAGCAGCUUUCGGAGCUCCAGGCUGCUGUUGCGCCCAUCACUUCCAAGCUCUACAAGGGCGGCGAGUCGGGUGGCGCGUACGACGACGAGGAGUCCUCGUACGGGCACCACGACGAGCUCUAAACAGGGCUCCAUAGCAUUGCAUAAUGUGUCAUAGUUGCAUGGCGGCGAUCAGUUCAUGCAUAGUGUUUCGGAAGCGUGAUCUCCUACAUGUUGUGAAGAGUAAUUUCUGAGCGUGAGUGAGCGCGUCAUGUAGUCACGCAGGUGAUGUUGUGGAACGGAACAUCCGUCGUUUACCGAUUACCGAGCCAAGUGUGUGCAGUCAUGGACAUGUGCUUGCGAUCUCAUCUUGGCACAUGCAUCCGACGCAAGCAAACAAUCGAUGGAUACGAUGGAUGGAUUGUUUGUGUCAUGGUCAUUGCUGCGAGACGGAUGGACGGG